AUGGCGGAGGAACAAAUUAAUCCCUUGUCCAUUUUCAUCGGAAGGGUCAAGAGACAGUUUUCGGACAUCAUCAAGUCGUCGGGAAACCUCAAAUAUGACAACCUUUGGAUAUACCUAGCAACAAUUCCGGUUUUGGUUCUUGUUAUUACCAAUAUCGGAAAUCUAUGGAGGAACAACGGUACCACAAACUACGAUCUUGCCUCUUUGCUCUCCUUCUUUGUUGUCUUUGUCUUCAUUCUCUACUACACAUACUUAAUAUCGCGUCCCCGUUCUAUCUAUCUCAUCGAUUUCGCUUGUUACAAACCAAAUGAUGAUCUUAAGGUGACAAAGGAUGAGUUCAUAGAGCUUAUAAGAAGGUCGGGAAAAUUCGACAAAGAGUCUCUAGAAUUUCAGAAAAGGAUCCUUGGGUCUUCCGGUAUUGGAGAAGAAACGUACGUCCCGAAAUCUAUCGGCUCUUGCGAGAAUAUCGCGACGAUGAAAGAAGGACGAGCCGAGGCUUCAGAGGUGAUAUUUGGAGCCCUAGAUGAGCUCUUCGAAAAGACACCAAUCAACCCGAAGGAUGUAGGAAUCCUCAUUGUGAACUGCAGUAUCUUCAACCCCACACCUUCCUUAUCAUCCAUGAUAAUUAACCAUUAUAAGAUGAGAGGUAACAUUCUCAGCUUCAAUUUGGGUGGAAUGGGUUGUAGUGCUGCCAUCAUUUCUUUGGACUUGGCUCGAGACAUGCUCCAAGCAAACCCUAAUUUUUAUGCUGUGGUGGUCAGCACUGAAAUGGUGGCUUACAAUUGGUACCCGGGCCAAAACCGAUCCAUGCUCAUCCCUAACUGUUUCUUUCGAAUGGGCUGCUCGGCCGUUUUACUUUCCAACCGUUUUCGUGACUACCCUCGGGCAAAGUAUCGCCUUGAGCACAUUGUUCGCACCCAUAAAGGUGCGGACGACCUAGCCUUUAGGAGUGUGUACCAAGAAGAGGAUGAUGAGGAAAGACUCAAAGGAUUAAAAGUGAGCAAAUAUGUCAUGAAAAUAGGAGGAGAUGCCCUAAAGACAAACACCACCACCCUCGGACACCUCGUUCUCCCAUUUUCGGAGCGACUCCUCUUCUAUGCCACCCUUAUCCGACAAUAUUUGUCCGGAGCCAUGGUGUCAUCCAAGAAAACCAAUUUUAAGCCCUACAUCCCUAACUAUAAGCUGGCUUUCGAUCAUUUCUGUAUGCAUGCAUCUAGCAAGACUGCGCUCAACGAAUUGCAGAGGAAGCUCGAGCUGACCGAGAGGAAUAUGGAGGCGUCGAGAGCCACAAUGCAUCGGUUUGGAAACACUUCGAGUAGCAGCAUAUGGUAUGUGUUGGCUUACUUGGAGGCCAAGGAUAGGGUUUGUAAGGGAGACCGUGUUUGGCAGUUGGCAUUCGGGUCUGGAUUCAAGUGUAACAGUGUUGUUUGGCGGGCAAUACAAGGAGUGAAUGGACCGGCCACUUCGAGCAACAAUCCGUGGAUCGGGUCAAUAGAGAGCUACCCGGCUGCUAUGAACUAA